UAGUUCGACAUCUUCUUCAAAAGUUUCAGACACUCCUCAAGAUUUCAGUCCCACCUUAAAUCCCAGGUUUAUGCAGACAGAAACCUGAGUGUUGUCAACAGAACCCACUUCUCUCUCUCUCUCUCUCUCUCUUCUUUUCCCUAGACAUGGACAACCUUCGCACCUACAGAGACGAAGACGACGAAGAAGACGAACAAUCGAAACCCACAACCGCCGCCGCAAUCUCAACUGCCGAGCCCAUCGAACCACCCGAACCCACCACCGACGACCCCGACACCGAUACCCUAAACCCACCUUCCACCGACCCGCAAAACGGCAGUAAAACCGAAACCGAAGCCUCCGAAUCUCUCUCCGAGUCUAUCAAAUCCCAAGAAAUCGACAACGACGAUGACGACCCGCCUCCCAAGAAGCAAAAGCAGCUCUCUUCCCUAACCGCCGCGCCCUCUCCGGACCAAGAUCAGACCCCACUGCCCCUGCCCAUCUCCAACGGAAGCGCCGCCACCGCCGCUGCCCCAACCGCCCCCAAUUCGAAGAAAUCGAAGAAGAAGAACAACAAUGUGUGGGUCACUAAGUCGACCCGCAAGGGAAAAAAGAAGAGCAAGGCCAAUAACAACAACCACAAUGCCCCCGGGGACGACACCGUCUUCAUCACUCCGGUGACGCGGUUCCCGGACAAAACCGACGACACGCCGGACAUGACAAUCUGCCUCUCGAAGGUUUACAAGGCGGAGAAAGUGGAGGUGAGUGAGGACCGAAUGAGUGCGGGUAGCGCAAAAGGGUACAGAAUGGUUAGGGCCACCAGAGGAGUGGCGGAGGGGGCUUGGUAUUUUGAAAUAAAGGUGGUGAAUUUGGGAGAGAGUGGCCACACAAGGCUUGGCUGGUCCACUGAGAAAGGGGACUUGCAGGCGCCCGUUGGGUAUGAUGGAAAUAGUUUCGGGUACAGGGACAUUGAUGGGAGUAAGGUGCAUAAGGCUUUGAGGGAGAAGUAUGGGGAGGAAGGGUAUAAGGAAGGUGAUGUUAUUGGGUUUUAUAUAAACUUGCCAGAUGGGGGGUCGUACGCCCCGAAGCCGCCCCAUUUGGUUUGGUAUAAGGGUCAGCGGUAUGCUUGUGCCCCUGACGCGAAGGAGGAUCCGCCGAAAGUAGUGCCUGGAAGUGAGAUAUCGUUUUUCAAAAAUGGGGUAUGCCAAGGAGUUGCUUUUAAGGAUCUAUAUGGUGGACGUUACUAUCCUGCUGCUUCAAUGUACACUCUUCCACAUCAACCAAAUUGUGUUGUCAAGUUCAAUUUCGGCCCUGAUUUUGAAUUCUUUCCAGAAGACUUUGAUGGACGUCCAGUGCCCCUGCCCAUGGUUGAAGUUCCUUAUCAUGGGUUUGAAAACCGAGUUGAAAAUGUAGUGUCUGAUGAGAAGAAACAAUAACCAGAACCCAGCACCAUUCAACCCUGUUUGUGUUUUGGAGGUUUCCGACGCAGGAAUGGAAAACCUUCAUGGAUAGCAUAUGAGUUCAACUUUCCUUUGUAAUUUUAGUUGCUGCUAAAAGUACAACUUGAAACUGAAUGAUAAGCAUUAUAUUCUUGACCUUUGUCUGACAAAUUCUAAUGGAAAACAUAAUGAUAUUGCAUAUCCGGACAAUUUCCCGUUUGUUGUGUUUGAUAAAUAUCUCUGUUCUUCGUGCUUGUGUAUUUGAUAAUAUCUCUGUGCUGUUAUGAUGUUCAGAUUCUAGAUCCUUUGGCAUUGGUUUAGUAGUACACUUCUUUCCAAAUUAUCACAGGUUCAAACGUAGCUGUUUCAGUAAUUAUACCUUUGUCUAUGGUUUUAUUUAUUCAUUUGGUCUGUCUUUUGAAAGUUCAUUUUCUUUUAACUUUUAACUGUGCUCUUGCAGUACCUAACAUAGUUCCUAGCAAAAGCUCCAUCUCUGAUUCUCUGCUUCGGUUCUGAAAUUGGUAACUGAUUAGUAUGAGACAUUGAUCUUUACGGUUGGCAUGAGAUGGAAUAUUUGUCAUGCUUAUAUUGUGUUAUCUUUUCGCUAUUUUAGAUCUAAUUGGACGUUUCCUCUUAUGACAGGAGGUUCGUUUGUUGAGCACUGAGCGCUUACUUCAACUGUAUUAUAGAGGCAACUAAAAUAAUGGAUUACAUUCUUUGUUAUACCUCUGUUUGGUCAUAUUUCUUUUAGAAUGAAAGUCUUGCUGUAUUUUCUAGUCGCUCAUGUUGUUGUGGAUUCUCAGGUUGUUGAUUAACGGCUUUCACUUUGUAACAUGAGGAUUGCAGUGCUUUCUCUUGGCAUAACCAAUGGCAGUGCCAACGGUACAUUAAGGGUUAUGUCUAGAGGAUUAGUGAUUUGGGAAUAACUUGAGGGUUCUUGCUUGUUUUCUGCAUUUAUUGCUAAUAUUUUGACCACUCAAUAUAGGCUCUUGUAAAACAAACUUAACCAAUCUAUGCAGUGUUUAGGCACUUAUUCAUAUUCCACUAUUAUUAUUAUUGUCUUUACUAUAUUAUUCGUACUUUUAAACUGUAGGGGUUUAAAUAUAUGAUGUUUUUUUUUUGUGUAACCAAUGAAACAGCCUCUUUGCAAAAGCAAGGGUAAGGUUGCGUACCAUAGAUGUUCCCCCAGACCCCACAAAGCGGGGAACCUUGUUGGCUUGGGGUGGCCCUUUUUAUGUCUUUACUAUGUAAAAUUUAAGAUGUUAAAUAUGCUUGUGGAAGGAAUUUGGAGAUUUGGGGUAAAAUAGCAAUCGCACCUAACAUUUUGUUUUUGAAUAUUAGGUUUGCAGAUUUCAUGACAUUGUGUUUAUGCUUAAAUGAAGACAUCAAGACUUCGGAGAUUUGAGAAGGUGCAAUAACGACUCAAGAGCGUUAAAAUUAGAGAAAGCAGGUGAUUACUCACGCUGCAGUUUGAGGCCGAGUCUCCGGAGUGUAGAUGUUUCUGUUUCCCGUUUGUGCUGCUUUUGCUUACGAUUGAUUGAUCAACAGGAAACUAGCUUGGUUGUAAUUAGUUUAAUUGAUUCUACAUCCCUGAGUUCUAUAUACCUCCGAUGAGUCAAGGACGAUGUGUAUAAUGUCCAACUCGCAAUUUUUUCUACUUGCCAGUCGCCAUUAUGGUUGCAAGUAGGCUCCCCGAGCGUGGUUUCAUCAGUUGUAUAGUUUUCCAACAAACAGCAGUAUUGUUGCUGUUUGCAGGUGAUAUUAUUCUGACUGCAUAUUGCUCAGCUCUCUACUUCUUUAUUAAUCUCUUCUCUUGUACCCUUUCAAAUUUCCGGUCCGGCCUUUGAGUUGUCUUCGUUGAGCCUAGUCUUCAUCUAUUCCAGACCCAGUAAACCGUUGAUUUUCGUCAAAGUUCCGUGCAGAGUGAUGAAAAUAUGUAGUAGUAAGUAGUACUAAGCAUUCUUUAGAGGGGAUCUGCUUACUAUUAUGCAUUCUUAGACGCUGACUUGGUUACAUGCCGAGACAUGUCGAGGUUCUACCUCUGGUUUCUGUGUUUUCUUAGGCCCCAACCUUAUUUUUUGGAGUUACAGGAAACAAGAUGCUUUCUGUUGGCCUGAGUCUGGAGUUUGCCUUUAGCCUGCUGCACACACAUGUUCUAUGUGCUGAGACAAUUGUGGAAUAUGUGUGUGAUCCGCGAGCCCCAUGUUUUUUAUUACCACGCCCAUUACGCUAUACUGUUGCAAUCUUACACUACACGGCCUCCAACUCUGUUUUCCAUUUUCGCAACAUGCCAAAGGAGGAGUUGAAACGGGCUCACUGGCACCGAGGCAUCCCAACCUUACACAUGAUCUCGUAUUAGUAACUGGAAUGCCCCAGUCACAGUGAACCUGUCUCAUGGAACUUCGUAUUUUGUAAGUCCUAAGUCAUACUGCAGAAUAUAAAAGGAACUACAAGGUUGAGGCAGGUGUUGCUCUCAGCAAGUGCUACAGAAUGAAAAACUGUGGAUGGCGUUUCUGUUGCUGCUUCUAGUGCAGUGGAGAGUUGAGACCCUCUUGAAAAGCCAGGGGAUGGAGAGGUUGGUGCCUCUUGGAAGGGAAUGGUAUCUCUUUCCUGAACGAAGGCCGCUUCUUGAGAUGCUUUAGAGUAUGCUUGGCAUAAUAUGUUUGGAAGUAAGGCGAAGCUCUCUCUUUGAACUUAAGGAUGAUGAAGAAGAAGAUUCUAAAAGACACAACAAGGGUUACAACAGCGGCCAAGUCCCACCACUUCGAGUGAUCCAGUUUAAAGCCGGCAAUGUUUGUGAGGAUAUACUCGCCUUUCAGCUUCGGGCCAUUUGGUACAAUAGGAUCAAAUUCACGGCCAACCAGUGCGUUCUUAUAUUCUCCCUGCAUAUAUCGGUAUAACAGUGGAUAUCGCCAAACCGGUUUGGGGAUGUCAGGCGGCAAGCGGAAGAAUCCGGCAGUCAUCAUCAUGAUUCCCUAGACAAACACGGAAGGAUGGGAAGCCUCCGAUGGACAGGAAAGUCAUGAAGCCGGAAAUAAAUCCAGCACAAGCUCCUCUUGCCAAUAUUGAAUUCAGAUUUGUCCCAAGAUUGAAGAAUAUCGUACCGACACACACAGAUAACAGCAGGUUGCUUGGCUCCCACUCCAUUUUUCUACCGUCAGUCCUUCCUGUAAAACAAGUUUCUUAUUAAUUAACUGUCAUGUAAAAUUAGUAACAUAGAUUUCCUUGCAUCCUUACCAUCGAUGAAAUUUGUCGAAUCCUAGCUCUUGUCCUCGACGCAUACUCAGAACUCUUGUACUUCUCGACAAGCAUAGCUUUUAUCUCUGCUGUUGCUAAGUUCAGUAAAGGUUCUGAUGAUUUUGGGA